AUGGCUGAGGCAAAGGCGAAGGCCAAGAAGUUCGUCAAGAAGACUAAGCAGCCAGUGCGCCUCUAUGCCAAGGGCUUGAUCCUGGGCUACAAGCGCAGCAAGUCCAACUGCUAUGCCAAUUGCACGCUGCUGAAAAUUGACGGUGUGCGCACCAAGGAGGACACGCAGUUCUACAUUGGAAAGAGGGUUGCCUACGUAUACAAGGCCAAGAAGGAGGUGAAGCACUCCAAGUUCCGAGUUAUGUGGGGCAAGGUCCGUCGCAGCCACGGAAAUUCAGGCGUUGUGAGGGCCAAGUUUGUGAAGAACAUCCCGCCGAAGGCCUUUGGCGCUCCUUGCCGAGUGAUGCUUUACCCCAGCAGCAUCUGA